AACUGUUUUCUGCACAGGUAGGUUUAGAGUAAGCUGAAGGUGUGGCGGAAAGAGACAUUCCACGUCAGACAAGGAAGAAAGAAGAACUACCUUUAUCAUGGCAUCUUUAUGGGAUGACUUGGAAAGCCUUGUGGAGUCACCUUCACCCUCUUCUCCUGAAUAUGGACACAGAGGAACCAUCAAACCUAAAGAAAACUUUGAUGCAAAGGAGGAUGCUGCAGCUCUAAAGAAGGCCAUUGAAGGACUUGGAACGGACGAGAAGGUCCUGAUUGAAAUUUUAACACAAAGAAGCAACGCUCAGCGGCAGCUCAUCUGUAAAGCUUAUCAAGAAGCUACUGGCAGAACGCUGGAGAAGGAUCUUGAAGGAGACACCAACGGAGACUUUGAGCAUCUGCUGGUGGCGCUCAUCACCCCUCCUGCAGCGUUCGACUGCCAUGAAGUGAUACGGGCCAUGAAAGGAGCCGGGACAAAAGACAGCAUCCUGAUUGAAAUAUUUGCCUCCAGGUCCAACCAACAAAUCAAAGCCCUCAAGGAAGUCUUCGUAAAAGAAACAGAGAAGGACCUGAUCGAUGAGCUGAAGAGUGAAGUUUCUGGAGAUUUGUGCAAAGCACUUGUCCUCCUGGCUGAGGGUGACAGAGAUGAGAGCAACGCUGUAGACGUAGAUAAGGCAAAGGAAGACGCCCAGACCCUUUACAAUGCCGGAGAGAAGAAGUGGGGCACAGAUGAGUCCAAGUUUAUCGACAUCCUCUGCCAACGAAGCGUAGCUCAGCUCAGGCAGACUCUCAUCGAGUACAAGAACAUCAGCGGGAAGACGCUGCAGCAGAGCAUUGAAGGAGAGAUGUCUGGAGAGCUGGAGGAGCUGCUGGUGGCUGUUGUGAAAUGUGUGAAGAGUUUGACCGUGUACUUUGCAGAACUCCUGCAUGAGAGCAUGAAGGGCGGCGGUACCGACGAGUCCACUCUGACCCGGGUCAUGGUGAGCCGGUCCGAGAUCGACCUGCUGGACAUCAGAGCAGAGUUCAAGAAGCUCUACGAAGAAUCGCUGCUCUCUGCCAUCAAGUCUGACGUGUCGGACGAGUACGGUGACUGCAUAAAGGCGAUCUGUGGAGGAGACGACUGACGCAUCGUCCAUUUGAAGCCAAAAAGAAGUUUUCCUCCUCUUGCUGUCAUCCUUCUGUCCUUUCCUCCUCACGGAUGUACUUCAUUCAUCCAUAAAUUAUUAAUUCAUUUACUUUGAGCUUUAAAAGGUGCUGAAUUAUGACAUAAAGCUGUAAAACACAGGUCUGCGGAUGAUUUAAGAUGCAUAUGUCGUCAGAGAUGUUAACAACUAAUUUUUUUUUUUCAAUUUUGGAGCUUUACAAUAAAAUAUAACAACUUUAAAUCAAUAUGACUUUUUAAACCAAUCAUUUUCUUUUCAACAUGUCUGUAAAACUAAUCAAAGUAUCAGCGUUUGUAAGUGUGGAUACUAAAAAAAUAUAAAAAAGAAUAAAAAUGAUGCUAGCAAGACUGUUUUUCUUGGAAGGAACAUUAACUUAAUAUGGGUAUUUGCACAGUUCUGUAUUACACCAAGACAUAUAUUUUACUGCUUUCCUUGUGAAAUAGCGGGAAAAAAAUUGUAAUUGGAAUAAAAACUGAUAUUUGUU